AUGGCAACGGUACUGGCUGGCAUCAGCAUCUCCAUCCCAAGAGUCCUCGUCUCCACGAAGGCAGAGCUCCCCAAGCCGCCAUUGUCCCGCACGAGGCUCCCCCCAUGGACCAGCGGCCACCGAGUGAACUCCCGCCGUGCGGGUCUCGUCGCCAGCGCGCCCUCGAUGCCACCCAACAUCUCGGAGAAGGUGGCGGAAAGCAUAAAGAACGCAGAGGCGACGUGCGCGGAAGAUGCCGCCAGCGGAGAGUGCGCCGCGGCGUGGGAUGAGGUCGAGGAGCUGAGCGCGGCGGCCAGCCACGCCAGGGACAAGCUCAAGGUCGACGACCCCCUCGAGAGCUUCUGCAAGGACAGCCCUGAUAACGAGGAGUGCCGCACCUACGAGGAUUAG